GCUUCUCCCUUCCAACUCGGUUUCGAACCACAAAACAAUAUUCUUUCUUAGUUCCAAGCAAGCUUCUGUUUAUUUUCUUGCCAUCUUUUACUAUACAAAAUCAGGAAAAGAGAGAAAUGGCGGAAAAUGAGUGGCUGAACGGGUACUUGGAGGCGAUUUUGGACGUGGGAACGGACAAAAAUGGCGGCCGAGGCGGCGAGGAGAGGAGCAGGAAGAUGGAGAGCUUCAAGAGAACAAUAUUCAGCGGCAAGUUUGAUGAAAAGUUCAUGUCUGAAAGGCUUCUCCAGGCCCAGAAAGAGAAACCAGAACUGAAGCUGUUUAGUCCGACCAAGUACUUUGUUGAAGAGGUUGUUAACAGCUUCGAUGAGACUGACCUCCACAGGACAUGGAUUAAGGUUGUAGCAACAAGGAAUUCUCGGGAGCGCAAUAACAGGCUCGAGAAUAUGUGCUGGAGGAUUUGGCAUCUCUCCCGCAAGAAGAAACAGAUAGCUUCGGAGGAUGCACAAAGGUUGGUGAAAAGGAGGGUUGAGCUAGAGAAAGGUCGUAUCGAUGCAGCAGAGGAUCUUUCUGAACUCUCGGAAGGGGAGNACGCAUAA